AUGGAGGGACUGGGGGAUGCCACCAGCCCCAAGGCCAGGGUUGGACCCUGGGACCUCAAAGAGAGUGAAAAACAGAUGGUGACAAAGCAGUGUGCGGAAAUGGGGGAGACUCAGGGCUCCUGGGCCCCACAAUUCCUGGUCCCCCAAAUCAUACCCCACAACUUGGGCCGGGCCAACGUCUUCGCCUCUGGCUACCAGGCUGUCUUCUCCAGGCCCCAAAGCAUCUCCUUGGUCCUGUUGCUUUUUCUGCUGCUGCCGCUGGGCCCAACUGGGCAUGCAGCUGCCCAACGCUGCCCACGGACCUGCGUCUGUGACAACUCCAGGCGGCAUGUGUCCUGCCGGCAUCAGAACCUCACUGAGGUGCCCAGCGCCAUCCCUGAGCUAACUCAGCGGCUGGACCUCCAGGGCAAUAUGCUGAAGGUGAUCCCUCCAGCUGCCUUCCAGGACCUACCUUACCUGACCCAUCUGGACCUGCGGCACUGCCAGGUGGAGCUAGUGGCUGAGGGCGCCUUCCGUGGCCUGGGCCGCCUGCUUCUCCUGAACCUGGCCUCCAACCGCCUGAGUGCGCUGCCCCAGGAAGCACUGGAUGGGCUGGGCUCACUGCGGCGGCUGUCGCUGGAGGGGAACAUGCUGGAGGAGCUGCGGCCAGGGACAUUUGGGGCACUGGGAGCACUGGCCACACUCAACCUGGCCCACAACGCCCUGGUCUACCUGCCCUCCAUGGCCUUCCAGGGGCUGCUGCGCACCCGCUGGCUGCAGCUGUCCCACAAUGCUCUCAGCGUGCUGGCCCCCGAGGCCCUGGCUGGCCUGCCUGCUCUGCGCCGGCUCAGCCUGCACCACAAUGAGCUGCAGGCCCUGCCCGGGGCCGCUUUGUCCCAGGCUCGUGGCCUGGCCCGUCUAGAGCUGGGCCACAACCCAUUCACCUACGCAGGUGAGGAGGACGGGCUGGCACUGCCCAGCCUGCGGGAGCUGAUGCUGGACCACGCGGCCCUGCAGGCUCUGGACCCCAGGGCCUUCGCCCACUGCCCGCGCCUGCACACCCUGGACCUCCGCGGGAACCAGCUGGACACUCCGCCGCCGCUGCAGGGCCCCGGGCAGCUGCGCCAGCUGCGGCUGCAGGGGAACCCGCUGUGGUGUGGCUGCCGGGCGCGGCCACUGCUCGCGUGGUUGGCGCAGGCGCGCGUGCGCUCGGAGGGCGUGUGCAGGGGCCCCCGGCGCGUGCGAGGCGAGGCCCUGGACGCCCUGCGGCCCUCAGACCUGCGCUGCCCCGGAGACCGGGCAGAGGACGAGGACGAGGAAGAGGAGCUGCCGGCCGCGCGGCCCCGCGCCCCUCCCGGCGCCCCCAAGGAGGAGGAUGGGGCGGCCCGGCCCUGCCCGCGCGCCUGCGUGUGCGCCUCCGAGUCCCGGCACAGCGGCUGCGAGGGCCGGGGCCUGCAGGCCGUGCCCCGCGGCUUCCCCAACGACACCCAGCUCCUGGACCUGAGGCAGAACCACUUCCCCUUGGUGCCUCGAGCGGCCUUCCCGGGCCUGGGCCACCUAGUGUCACUGCACCUGCAGCACUGCGGCAUCGCAGAGCUGGAGGCGGGCGCCCUGGCCGGACUGGGCAGCCUGCUCUACCUCUACCUCUCUGACAACCAGCUCUCAGGCCUCAGCGCUGCCGCCCUGGAAGGGGCCCCUAGCCUGGGCUACCUGUACCUGGAGCGCAACCGCUUCGCGCGGGUGCCGGGGACCGCCCUGCGUGCCCUGCCCCGCCUCUUCUCCCUGCACCUGCAGGAUAACGCUGUGGACCGCCUGGCCCCCGGCGACCUGGCAGGCCUGCAGGCCUUGCGCUGGCUCUAUCUCAGUGGGAACCGGAUCACCCUGGUGUCCCCUGGGGCACUGGGCCCCGCUCCAGAGCUAGAGAAGCUGCACCUUGACCGGAACCAGCUUCGAGAAGUGCCCACUGCGGCCUUGCAGGGGCUGCCUGCCCUCCUGGAGCUGCAGCUCUCGGGGAACCUGCUCAGGGCCCUGCAGGACGGGGCCUUCCGGCCCGUGGGCCGGUCCCUGCAGCACCUCUUCCUGAACAGCAGUGGCCUGGAGCAGAUUUCUCCUGGGGCCUUCUCAGGCCUGGGGCCCCGGCUACAGAGCCUACACCUGCAGAAGAACCAGCUGCAGGCCCUGCCUGCCCUGCCUGGUCUCAGCCAGCUGGAGUUGGUUGACCUGAGUGGCAAUCCCUUCCACUGUGACUGCCGGCUGCUCCCACUUCACAGGUGA